AUGGUUCAAACAAUGAAUAAUACAAGACAAAAUUAUCAACGUAACAAUCGUACAAAUGAAAUAUUACCUAAACAACAACAACAAAAUUAUAUUGUUGUUUAUGAUCAACCAAAAGUAGUCGUUGUACGUCAUUAUACAAAAACAAUUGUUUCUCAUGUUAAUCCUGUCGACUAUGAAAGACAAUAUAAUACCGCUCUACUUGAUACAUCAACAUUAUUAGCUUUAGUUCGGCGACUUAAUAUUCAAGAAGAUCUUAUUACACCUCCAAAAUAUCGAUACGCCAAUUAA